CGUGCGUCAAAUUCGAUUUAAUUUACUUGAGUUAUUUGGCACAAAAUAAUGGAUACGCAUGACAUAUUUAGACAAUUAACAGCUGGUGUGCGAUUCACCAAGAAGCGUACGCAGGCUCCAUCAAUCAAACCAUGCACUCAACAAAUCUCAAAGGAGCAAAAGCAACCAGUUUGUAAGCCAGUCAAGGAAGAGAAGCUAUCAGAGGAAUGCACAGCAACUGCCGAAUUUCGUUUACUUGCGGACAACUCAAGCGCUACGUCAAAUGAGCCCAGGCGUAAGAAGGCAAAAAAGCAAUUGUCGCCGGAACAGUUGGAGCAACUGCAGCGAGCCGAGCAGAUCAGUGCACUGCGCAAGGAGAAUAGCAUAACAGUACUGGGCAAGGAUGUGCCAGCGCCCAUAAGCAGCUUUGACGAACUGAACUCGCCACACUACAAUCUACUGCCACGUCUGCAAGAGAAUCUAUUGUCGUAUGGCUUCGCCCAGCCCACAGCUAUACAAAUGCAGGCGUUGCCCGUCCUGCUGGCCAAUAGAGCACUGAUGGCCUGUGCACCGACGGGGUCUGGCAAGACGUUAGCCUUUCUCACGCCCAUCAUUAACAGUCUGCGCAGCCACAAGACAACAGGAUUGCGUGCUCUAGUGCUGGCGCCCACGCGUGAGCUCGCCCAGCAAAUAUAUCGCGAAUGCGGCGAACUAACCCGAUCGACUGGCUUACGGACGCACUUCAUCAGCAAGGUAAGCGAGGCGCGACAACAGCAUGGUCCCGAGUGCAAGCAAAAGUAUGAUAUAUUGAUAUCGACGCCGAACCGAGUGCGAUUCAUGUUGCAGCAGCAGCCACCGCUGCUGGACUUGAAGGGUAUCGAGUGGUUUGUGCUGGACGAGGCUGAUCGCCUCAUGGAAGAGGGCCAAAACAACUUCAAGGAGCAGCUGGACGACAUCUAUGCGGCAUGUACGCACGCCCAGAAACGUGUCGCCUUCUUCAGUGCAACGUACACGGUGCCCGUGGCCAAAUGGGCGUUGCGUCAUCUCAAGAAUCUGGUGCGCAUAACGAUCGGAGUGCAGAACAGUGCCACGGAUACAGUGCAACAGGAGCUGCUCUUUGUGGGCUCCGAGAGCGGUAAACUGCUAGCGGUGCGUGAGAUGGUACGCAAUGGACUCCAGCCGCCAGUGCUGGUCUUUGUGCAGAGCAAGGAGCGUGCCAAGCAGCUGUUCGAGGAGCUGCUCUACGAUGGCAUCAACGUGGAUGUCAUCCAUGCUGAGCGUACGCAGCAUCAGCGCGACAAUUGUGUGCGCGCUUUUCGUGAGGGGCACAUUUGGGUGCUCAUCUGUACGGAGCUGAUGGGACGCGGCAUUGACUUUAAGGGCGUCAAUCUGGUCAUCAACUAUGAUUUUCCGCCAACGACCAUCUCCUACAUUCAUCGCAUUGGUCGUACGGGUCGCGCUGGGCGUCCGGGACGUGCCAUUACCUUCUUUACCCAGGACGACACGGCCAAUUUGAGAAGCGUUGCACAGAUAAUUAGGAACUCGGGUGGCAAGGUGCCGGAGUACAUGCUGCAAAUGAAGAAAGUGCGCAAAUCGGAGGCGAAAGUGCGUGCCAAGAAGCCGCUGGAACGAGAAGAUAUAUCAACCAAAAUACGACCGGAAAUUCCCAAAAACUUCGUUCAACUGCAAAAAGUUGAGAAAACCGAAAAGGUACUCAAACAACAGGCAAAGGCAAAGAAAAACAUGAAUCAGGAUAAUAAUUCAGCCAAGAGUUCGGAUUCAGUUCCCUCUCGCAAAGUAAAAAAACUGGCCAAAAUUAAGGAGCAAAUCAAGAGCAAAGUGCCAACAAAAAGUAAAUCGAAAAAGGCCAAAAAUCACGCCUAACAAUAUAUUAAUUUUAAACAAUCAAAUGUUAUAUAUUA